AUGUUGGAAAAGGCCUGAGUUCCUCACCACGUGGGCUUCUCUACAGGACUACCCGAGGGCCUUCAUGACACGGCAGCUGCCUUCCCUCAGAGCAAGUGGCCAGAGAGGAGAGCGCAAGCAGGAAGCCACAGGGCCUUCUGUGACCCAGUCUCUGAAAUGACCAUCCCUUCUGCUUUCUUCUCUUCCUCAGGAGUCACUGAGUUUCUGGGGAGGGGCAUUAGGUUCCACCUCUUGCAAGGAGUUCCGGAGAACUUGUGGAUGGAUCUACAAAAAACCACCAUACCUACUAACAGCAUGGGAGAGUGAUUCGGUUCAGUCCUUUCUACCUGCUAGAGGCCGUCCUCGAGAUCCCACUGGGUUGCCUAAAGUUUACCCAGGUGCCAGUCGGCUGCUGCUAUGUUAGUGGCAGCAAGGGAUACAAGAGCGUCAAGGGAGUGCUGUAACCACUAUGGAUUGGUUGGAGUCAGGCGUGGAAGUGCGGUGCUUUCUCUGCAAAAUCAGGAACAAUGAAUUCUACUUUCUCAGGCUCCUGCUCCUUCCAAGAGGAAGACAGUAUGAUUAAAUUCCAGGAAGCUGUGACCUUCAAGGAUGUGGUGGUGGUCUUCACGGAGGAAGAGCUGGCUCUACUGGACAAGGCCCAGAUAAACCUGUACCAGGACGUGAUGCUGGAGAACUUCAGGAACCUUGUUUCAGUGGGAGACAGGAUUAAAAACAACAUUUCACAUCUUCAGGGGAAAGGGUUGAGUUAUCUCUCUCAAAAGGUGCUCUACUGCUGGCAGAUUUGGAAACAAAGGAUCAGUGAAUUAACUGUGAGUCAGGAGUAUGUCAUGAAUCUUCAAGGAAAUUAUCCCCAAUAUUUAGAAGGAGAUGUUUCUCUCUGUGAAGAGUGGGCAGGAGUGUCUCUUCAGAUUUCUGAAAAUGAAAACUAUGUAAUAAAUGCCAUUAAUUUAGAAAAUCAAGAUGGCACAGAAGGGAAAGGCCUGACACAAGUCUUUACCCCAGAAUCUUGGAAGGGAGCCAACAUGAUGACUGAGCCCCAGAAUUCUCAAGGACAAUAUGAGAGAAUGCAUGUGGAAGAGAAACUGUAUGGAUGUGCUCAGUGUGAUGACAGCAUCAGUCAGACAUCAUAUGAUCAUGGUGAUUCCCAAGAAUGUAAAGAAGAGGAACCUUGUAGCUACACUGACUAUGGGAAACACUUGGCUAUGAAAUCAACAGCCAAACAACAUAACGUGGUCCUUGUGGUGCCACAACCUGUCAAACGUAAUAACUAUGAUGUGGGCUUCAUAGAUGGUGCAGACCCUCCUGUUCAUCACAGCGCUCACAUAGAAAAGUCUUGUAGAUGUGACCAGUGUGGAAAGGACUUUAGUCAGAGCUCAGAUCUUAUUGUUCAUUAUAAAACUCAUUCAGAUGACAAAGCUUAUGAAUAUCAAGAGUGGGCAGAGGGCUGCAAGCAGAGCCCAGACCUUCCGAGAUAUCCAAAGGUCCCCUUGGAAGACAAACCCUAUAAAUGUCUCGAAUGUGGCAAGGUCUUCAGGCGUAACUCCUCUCUUCACAACCAUCACCGGGUCCACACAGGGGAGAUGCCCUAUAGAUGUGAUGUGUGUGGGAAGGGGUUCGGAUUUAGGUCACUUCUUUGUAUUCAUCAGGGAGUCCACACAGGGAAAAAGCCCUAUAAAUGUGAGGAGUGUGGGAAGGGCUUUGAUCAGAGCUCCAAUCUUCUUGUCCACCAGAGAGUCCACACUGGAGAGAAGCCCUACAAAUGCAGUGAGUGUGGCAAAUGCUUCAGUUCAAGCUCUGUUCUUCAAGUCCACCGGAGGCUGCACACAGGGGAGAAGCCUUACAGGUGCGGUGAGUGUGGAAAAGGCUUCAGCCAAAGCACACACCUCCACAUUCACCAGAGAGUCCACACAGGGGAGAAGCCCUAUAGAUGCAACGUGUGCGGAAAGGCUUUUGCAUACAGUUCAGUUCUUCACACUCAUCAGAGGGUUCACACGGGAGAAAAGCCUUACAAAUGUGAAGUGUGCGGUAAAGGCUUCAGUUAUAGUUCAUAUUUUCACUUACAUCAAAGAGACCACACCAGAGAGAAACCGUAUAAAUGUGAUGAGUGUGGUAAGGGCUUCAGUCGGAAUUCAGAUCUUCAUGUGCAUCUCAGAGUCCACACAGGAGAGAAGCCCUAUAAGUGUAAAGAAUGUGGGAAGGGCUUCAGUCGUAACUCAUAUCUUCUUGCUCACCAGAGAACACAUGCAGAGGAGGUGCAAUAUACAUGUUGUGAGCAUGGCAAUGGCUUUAGUUAUAGCUCAGACCUUCUUACUCAUCAAAGACUACACAAGAGGACAGAAACGUACUCAAUGUAAUUCUCAAAGGGGCCA